GAUAUAGAAAUUAUUAUUGACAAUGGUGCGUAUGCAAAAAUAUUUAUGCAUGCUUUAAAACAUUCUUUUAAUGAUGUAUGUGGGUUACUAAUAGGAAAAUAUUCGGAAAAGGAAAAGAAAAAGCAAAAAUGUAUAAUAACUAAUACAAUUCCCCUUUUCCAUACGCACAUACUAAGUCCUUUCCUUAAAUUGGCCUUUACUCUGGUAGAGAAUUAUUAUAAAGGGAAAGAGGGGAGAAUUAUAGGUUACUAUCAUAUAUGUGUUGAUGAUUCAAAAAAUGGAAAUAUAAAAAAUAUAAAAAUAUGUAAUUUAAUAUCCGAGAAAAUCAUACAGAAUUAUAGUGACGCCAUCAUAUGCUUAGCUGAACUGUCCAAAUUGGAGCAUGACGAGGAUAACUGCGUAAAUAUGUUUAUACAGGAUGAUAAGGGGGAAUGGGAACAUAUAAAUAUGAUAGUAUCUCCUGAGAAUAAAGACUUUUUGAAGAGGAAUAUUUCUAGCAAUACAUACUUAAACAUAUGUGACUUUGAUGAUCAUUUAAAUUGUAUUAAAUAUGACUUUAUGAACCCAAACUUAUUUAAAGAUAGUAAGUAA